AUGGCGUCGCACAGUAACACGGAACAGGAGGAGCCUACGACGAGGCUUCCGAAGACGGCGAGCAAAGUCGAUGCGGAAGAGGAAACGGAGAGCAACGUGGAGAGGGAGGAGGGGGAAAUGAGGAAGUGGUUUUCGACCACGUACGAGCGCGGCUUGAGAAAGCCCAUGAAGAAGCCUCUCACAGCACCUUGGGACCUGCCGAUCAGCGACGCAGACGUGGAAAAGCUCAUAGUCGGGUUCAGAUCUCGAAGCAUGGACGACAAAUGGGAUCUGCUGAUCGAGGAACCGGACGAAAACGGCAACAUGUCUAUCCACAUCAUUCGAAAUUGGUUACAGGAGGAGUGCUACAUCCUUCACAUUGUUCCGAAACCAAGCAGCGAUGAUGGCGAGAGUGCAACGGUCCAAAGCAUCACCUGGGAAGGGAACAAGGCGGGGUUGCAAUGCAGUGAAGAGCAGGCCAAGAAGGAAGCCGUUAUGCUGUCCAGAGGCUGGUGUCACUGCGAGUUUGAGGCGCUCCCGCACUACCCAUCCUCCAUGUUUUGGGAUCGUAAUGGUUAUAAGAGGCUGGAGGCGAAAUAG